UCGAUUGAAUUGAAAUAAUAACAGCUGAAUGAGCGAAAUUAUUUGUCGUUAAAGGCUGGAAAAAGAAUUCUCAUCAUACACAUACGAUUUCAAAAUUAGGCGUACCUAAUAUAGAUUUAUAAAGUGUGUGUAUUUGAAUUUUUUAUUUGUAGUUAAUUUAUGUCAGGAUUUUUUUAGUGGUCAUUCAAAGAAUACAAUAGUAAACUGUUAAAAUAAAUGACCUUCAAUUUUAGAAUAAUGUAAGAUAAUGUAAUGAUUGUUGCGAACUCGUCGUUUUAAAUUUACGUGAAUAUGAUAUCACAUUAUAUGUAUACAUACCUAAGUAUGUUUAUUUAAGGUUUAAGUAGAGAAUCAUUAGAUAUAUGAAAAUCGUGUAGAGAAUAUAGAGAAGUACAGCAGAAAUAUGGCAGCUCCUACAGUUACUCUUAAUAACGGACAAAAAUUACCUGUGCUGGGUCUUGGUACCUGGUUGUCAGCUCCAGGAGAAGUAGAACAGGCUAUUAAAUAUGCAAUCAAUAUAGGAUAUCGACAUUUCGAUUGUGCUAUGGUUUAUGGAAAUGAAAAAGAAAUUGGCAAAGCAAUAAGAGAAAAAAUAGCUGACAAAACAGUUAGGCGCGAUGAGUUGUUCAUUACAACUAAACUGUGGAAUACAUUUCAUGAAAUGGAGAAAGUCGUACCGACUUGCAUGAAAUCUUUGGAAAAUUUUGGAUUGGAUUAUCUCGAUUUAUAUUUAAUUCAUUGGCCAUGUGCUCAGAAAAUUGUUGGAGAAUUUAAUCCAAUCAAUCCAUUCAAUAAUGCAUCAGGAUUCGAUUAUGAUUACAUUAAUACGUGGAAAGGGAUGGAAGAAUGUGUUAAAUUGGGUCUUACAAAAGGUAUAGGACUUUCAAAUUUCAAUUCUAAACAAAUCGAUAGGGUUUUACAACAUGCCACUAUAAAACCGGUUGUAAACCAGGUAGAAGUAACACCCCUGUUAAAUCAAAAGAAACUCAUCAAAUUCUGUAAUGACCGAAAUAUUGUUGUAGUGGCAUAUAGCCCUUUUGCAUCGCCUGCCAGGCCGUGGGUUAAACCAGGCGAUCCUUCAAUCGAUUUUAACGAUGCAAAAUUAGUAGCAAUUGCUAAAAAGUAUAAUAAAACAAGUUCGCAAAUAAUUUUGCGUUACCUGAUCGAUAUCGGAACUGUGCCGAUCCCUAAGUCGUCAAAUAAAGAAAGAAUUAAAUUGAAUAUUGAAAUAUUUGAUUUUAAACUGACACUAGCUGAGAUAAAGGAAAUAGAUUCUUUCAAUUGUAAUGCUAGAUCGGUACCGGCAGACGAAUUAAAAGGAAUUCCGCAUUUUCCUUUUGACGAUGUAGAGUUUUGAUUUUUCUAUUUGUAUCAAUUCGUAACAUAUUAUAUUUUUAUUUUAUUCUUUCUUUUGAUAAUAACAAAAACCAUUAAUAAAUAUUACGACAUUUUUACAGAAAAAAAGUUUCAUAUCAUUAGUUGACUAAUCUAUGUAUUACCAAUUACGCCAUAACAUUAUGUCACAUGCAUAUAAAGAGUGUGUUUUGGGUUACCUAUCUCUGAAUAACAUAUAGUAAGUAUUUAGUUGUCAAUAUAAUUAUCAAGCAAUAAAUCAAUGUCUACUUAA